AUGAGCAGCACUACGCCCACUUUCCCCCGCAUCAAGGAAGUCCGCACUUUCAUCACUAGCGGAGUGGGCUCCGGAGGUGACUAUCACAAUGUCAAGGGUGGUCACUGGCUGAUUGACAGCGAUAUUUCGACCCCGAUGACCAAAUGGGCGGAAUACCGUGGCUCGCGGACCUCCUGGGGUAUCAACGUCCUCGGCUCUUUCUGCGUCGAGCUGGAAGCCACCGAUGGAACCAAGGGCUUCGCCACGGGCUUCGGUGGCCCCCCGGCUUGCUGGUUGGUCCACCAACACUUCGAGCGUUUCUUGAUCGGUGCCGACCCCCGUGAUACCAACGACCUGUUCGAGAGAAUGUAUCGGGCUUCGAUGUUCUACGGCCGUAAAGGUCUUCCUGUGGCCGUCAUUUCCGUGAUCGAUCUGGCCCUUUGGGAUCUGGUGGGCAAGAUCCGCAAGGAGCCUGUCUACAAACUCAUUGGCGGAGCCACGCGCUCACGGCUGCACUUCUACUGCACUGGGCCGCAACCCGCCGCCGCCAAGGCUGCCGGCUUCAUUGGCGCGAAAGUCGCCCUCCCCCACGGCCCCGACGAGGGCACCGAAGGUCUGCUGAAGAACGUCGCCUACCUGCGCAAGCAGCGCGACUCGGUCGGCCCCGACUUUCCCCUGCGCGUGGACUGCUAUAUGUCCCUGAAUGUCCCCUACACCAUUGAGCUCGUCAAGCGCUGUGAAGCUGAGGGCAUCAACAUUGACUGGUGGGAGGAGUGUCUCACCCCGGAUGACUUCGAUGGCCAUGCGCUCCUGAAGAGAGCCCAUCCCACGGUCAAGUUCACCACCGGCGAGCACGAGUACUCCCGCUACGGGUUCCGCAAGCUGAUUGAGGGGCGCAACCUGGAUAUUGUGCAGCCGGACGUGAUGUGGGUUGGCGGUCUGACCGAACUAUUGAAGGUCUCGGCCAUGGCCGCGGCCUACGAUAUUCCCGUGGUCCCCCACGCUUCCGGCCCAUACUCAUACCACUUUGUGGUCUCCCAGCCCAACACACCGUUCCAAGAGUACCUGGCCAACUCCCCCGACGGCAGCACGGUUGAACCGGUAUUCGGAAAUCUGUUCUUGAACGAGCCCAUCCCCACUCAAGGCUACCUGGAUGUGUCGAUCCUCGACAAGCCCGGAUUUGGCCUCGAGCUGAACCCCGCUGCUCCCCUCAUCAACGCCGCCACUAUCCUCACCCCGGCUCCCCAGAAGGGCUUGCCCGCUCCGGUAGCAGAACAGCCCGAGGCCAACGGAACUGCAUAGAAUGAAUGAUCUACGACGCGAGUCUUGUGAGGGAAAGCUGUUAACAGGAUUGCGCAGCGCGCAAUAGAUCCUACUAUUUUAUUGUCAUUGUUUUUCUUUUUUUCUUUUAAAUGUCCCAUGUAUGACUGAUGCUCAUUUUCUUUUCUGACUCGUGUGUUCCAUGAUGUUUCUCCAUGUUCAUAGACGGAAAAUUCUCAUUGACCG